CUCUGAUGUAAUAAUUAAGUAUAAGAAUGGAUGCUCACACCAUCACUUAUCAUCGAUUACUGUCAUCGUAGGUGAAACACUAAGACCUUAAAAUAUUUACUCUAAAUAUAGACAGGCUUCGGUGUAGGAAGACUAAGGUUAUGCACCAAGCAACCGUUGAACGCUAAUCGUCUCUAAAACUUGCGGACACAUUUGUCAAAUAUUUUCAUUAUCAUAGCUAAAAUGUUUAUAGUUUUUUACCGCUGAACUCCCAACUGGAGACCAGGUGAAACUAGGUUUUCUGCAAACAUAGAACAGAAGAUGAGUUUCGAGGCAAAGCGAUGUGGAGUGCAGUUCAGUCCUCCAGCUAUAGUUUUAAUUUAUGAACACAAGGAAACCCAAAAGGUGCGGAAAAGAAUUAUACCUGUGCGGAACUUCUCUAAAUAUUCUGAGCAGUUUGACUCCUUGAUGCCCUCUCUCCUUAACCCUCCAGACUACAGCAUGGCUGCUGAAAGGCUGAAGAACCACGCUCGCCACAGGGACCACCUGUUGGGUGUGUCCCAGAGCCAGCUAGAGAAGCUUCACAUCAUCCUGCGAGAUCACAUGCAGGGCUUCAGCUUGGAGCACAGCCUGGCCUCGUUCCGCCUGGACCCUGACGAAGACCUGAACAAACUGGACGACGAGGAGCUGGCUCGCAAGAAGGGCCAAAUGGAGGAACUGUUUGAGAAGAACCGGAGGCGCAAAGAUGAUCCCGACUUUGUUUAUGACCUGGAAAUGGAUUUCACAAACAUCCCCCAAGAAAAGUGCAGCUGGGACGACGAGUCUGAUGAUGGAUUUUAAAACUGUUCUCUCCAAUAGUUUGUGACCCUUCUGGUUAAGUUCAGAUGAAGUGGAUGUUUAGUCUUUGUUGAAACUGUUUUAUAGGCAUCAUUUUGGCAUUUAUAGCACUGUUAAAUUAUACCACAUUAUACUGAGAAAUGUUUCUAAUAUUUUGCCCAUCCCAUUCAACUGAAUGGGUAAAUGAAAUAUUAGAAACACCACUCAGAAUGAUGCAAUACAGUUGAACAGCACUGCAAACUUAUGCCCCCAAAAUGUCCAUAAAGUUGAACGCAUACCUCUAAAACAACAAACAGAAUAUUCACGUUCAUGAAGGUAGAUUUUACUGCAGGACUGUUGUAUUCGACUGCACUAAUUAAUCUACUUGUACCUAAUAAACUGGAAACUGAAUGUUAAAAUUGUUUAGGCAAUAACUAGAAUUUUGGACAUGGAUGAAAAGUGGAGUUAGCAACAGCUGCCGCUACAGAGACUGAAAAGAAUAGAACGCCAACCUUCACAAAGACAUCACAGUAUUCAGUGCCCAUUUGACACAGUCUUAUAAAUGCAGGAGGUAUCAGUGUUCACUGUUUUUAUAAAGGUUUGGCAUUUCACUGAAAGCACCUUUAACCCAGUGUUUAACCAGUUACCCCUCGUGGGAGUCUAGCAACUCUUGAGAUCUCUGCACCUGAAAGUACAACUGGAGGCUCAAUGCAAUGGAGCCUGAAAAUUAUUUGGCACAGAAACCUGCUAAAUAAAAACAUCUUCAGAAUCCAUUACUGUUAUUCUGUGUUAUCCACAGACCCCACGGUCAAUUGAGUUUUCACUGACAAGUAGUUUUUAUGACAAUUUUUGCACUUGUGAAUAACAGUUCUCCAUGAAAAAUUACCAUUCGGCCUUUAAUUUGUAAAAGUAACUUGAACAUUGUUUUAGAAAAAAAGGUUAUCGUUUAAAUUCUUCAUGUGUAAUUUGCUGAUGCUUUUUGAGUCCCACAAACCAAAUACCAUCGACCUAAUUGUAGUGAGGAGACGGCAGAAGUCUCCAAUACAUGCCCAGAAAACCACUAGAGGCAAAACAUCUAACUCAGAUGACAUAACCCAAACAAUGUUUUUGAAUUCCCUAUGGUGCUUACAUUUAUUUUAAAACUGCAAUGAAUUAAACAAUGCAUGAAUAAUA